UUCAAUUAUACGACAUGGCACAUUUAAAGGUCUUAUCCCUCGCUCUCCUGGCCACUCUAGCAGCGUGUGAACCUCCUGUCCAGGGUGGAUACAACUACAGAAGACCCAACUACCAGAGUGGGUACACGGCCCCAAAUAAUCAGUACUUACCUCCGAGUUCUGGCUAUAACGCACCAAGUAACAGCUAUCUCCCACCGAACUCGUUCGGUCACACCGGACCCACGCACUCAGGUUUUGGACAAGCCCAGUCCAAUUACGACAACUCAGGGUCUGGACAUUACGACCACGGGCAAGACCAUGGGCACGGUCACGAGAAUGAGGUGCCCAAGUCGUAUGAGUUUGGAUAUUCAGUAAAGGAUGCUCAGUCGGGCAACGACUAUGAUCGUCGAGAGAGCUCUGAUGGGAACGUCGUGAGGGGAGAGUACAGGGUUCAGCUUCCCGAUGGGCGUACGCAGAUUGUGACGUACCACGCUGAUUGGCAGACAGGAUUCCAUGCUGACGUGAGGUACGAGGGAGAAGCCCACUACCCAGAACCGACACACAGCAACCAACAAGGGUACAACUAUAAUACCCCAUCAGACUUCAGCGGAUCACUCACUGGCUUCCAGAGCAGGAAUACGUACAAAAAGUCCACCGCUUAUGGCCCUCCUGGAUACCAUUGAUAGAAGAUCUCCCUUCUUAGGCGUUUCCACUGA